AUGGAAUCUUUGGCAACAGCCAUUCGUUUCGUCACGCUGAACUGCCGAACACUAUCGAGUGAACUCCAACAAGCCGCUCUGUCCAGACUUCUGCGAUAUCUCUGUGUGCCUUUUGCUGCACUGCAGGAAACACGCAUGAGAGAUCGGCCCGUCAUCAGCAUAGAAAAUUACACCAGGACCAGGAAGAAGCUUAGCGAUGCGGAUUCCUUCACAAAGCGCAUACAGCACGCUGCAGGGGAAACGCUCCCGGUUCUAUUGCCGCGGAAGAAGUUUGCCUUUGCAUCUGCGGAAACAAAAUCCACAUACAAUUCUGUAUGUGUCGCGCGCAGCGCUGGUGACUUCAACCAGGAAAAGCGUCUUAGAAGGAAGCUGCGUCGUCAACUGCAACAAGAUCGCGAUAACGAGUGGACGUCGAGAGCAAUGGAGUUUGAGAAGGCGUGGGAGGACAGGAACCCGCGGAAGGCCUACGCUCUACUAAAACAGUAUAGUGGCAAAAUGAAAAGAUGUUCCCCUGUCCUCAACACUGCCAAUGGGGUAGCUGUCGGUGAAGCAACCCUUCCAAUUUGGAAGGAACACUUCAAGACCUUGCUGAACAGGCUAGCACCGUCAGCUCCUGAACUCGAACACGUUCAUAGACCGACAUAUACGGUUAACGAGGAGCCACCGACCGAGUCGGAGGUCCUGGUCUGUAUUCAGAAAAUGAAGAAUGGAAAAUCUGGUGGAGACGACGGGAUUAGCGCAGAAAUACUAAAUCUUCCUCCGUCUGGGAUUCGUGAGAUGACAAAGAUCAUCCGUUUAAUGUGGAUAAACGAAAGGAUACCUGAUUGGUGGAGACACGCUAUCAUAAUUCUCCUCCACAAGAAGUUAUCCGUCACGGACCCCAGGAAUUAUCGAGGAAUCUCUUUGCUGCGUGUUAUGUACAAGGUACUGGAACGCAUUAUCCUGGACCGACUCAUUAAACAUCGCGAAGAAACAACGCGCGACGAGCAAGCUGGUCUUCGUCCUGGCCGAUCUACGAUUGACCAGCCAAUGCAACUAGCGUUUCUGGACUUUGAAGCCGCGUUCGACUCUUCUCACCGAGGCCGUCUUCUCAACGCGCUGAGCGCCGAUGGAGUAUCAGGAAAGUUCGUUCGCUUGUUUGAUGACAUGAAUCAACGAACAACUGCUGCAGUUCGAACACCAGCCAGAUGUACAACACCGUUCGAAGUGGUAACUGGAGUAAGACAAGGGGCAGUGGCAGGACCUUUCCUGUUCAAUUUCGCAGUCGACGACAUUAUGCAAAGAAUAGUCGACCAGUGUCCUGCCAACAUUGUCUUAGCACCAUCUGGGUGCCCCUUGACUGACCUCGAGUACGCCGACGAUGUUGUUAUAUUCGCGGAAAGCAGUACGAAACUUCAACAUGUUGUUAACCUUGUAUCGAAGCUGGCUGCAGCCUAUGGACUACGCCUACGCCCUGAUAAAUGCAAGCAGAUGUGGAUCUCUUCGAGAUCACGAACGGGAAUCAGGGUGGACGGACAACCGAUAGAACUCGUCGAUGAGUUCUUUUACCUAGGCUGUACGCUGAAGAACAAUGGCAGCUACGAGAGAGAUGUUCAGCAAAGAUGCGCUAAGGCCACUUUUGCAUUUAACUCCUUAACGAAAUGCCUGUGGUCGACCCCAUCACCAAAGAAGUCAAGCUGCGAGUUUACCUAUCCGCAAUUCGCUCCAUCAUGA